UUUAUUGUUGUGUGGUUUUUGGGGUGCCGGGCCCGCCCUGGGGCCGAGGGGAGGCGGUUCCCUCCCGGCCGCCCUCCUCUCAGCGCCGCCCUCCCGCCUUCCCUCCCCUUAGCGCCUGCGCCUCCCGGGCCCCAUCGCGGGAUGUGGCGGCGACUGGCUGGGCUCCUGCUCGCCUUCGCGGCCGCCACGGUCGCCCUCUGGCUGCUGUCGGCCCGGCUGAGCGCGGGGCAGGCGGGCAGGCCGCUGCGGUUCCCCUCGGACCUGGAGGAGCUGCGGGAGUUGGCCGAGGCCCUGCGGGACUACGAGAGGCAGCACCGGGGAGCGGCGCUGGCCCUUUUCUGCGCCGCUUACCUCUACAAGCAGAGCUUCGCCAUCCCCGGCUCCAGCCUCCUGAACGUCCUGGCCGGAGCGCUCUUCGGGCCCUGGACCGGGCUGGUGCUCUGCUCCGUCCUGACAUCGGUGGGAGCCACCGUCUGCUACCUCCUAUCUGCAGCCUUCGGGAAGCACUUGGUCGUCUACUACUUUCCUGACAAAGUGGCCCUGCUCCAGAGGAAGGUAGAAGAGAACAGGAGCUGUUUGUUUUUCUUCCUCUUGUUCCUGAGGCUGUUCCCCAUGACACCCAACUGGUUCCUGAAUCUCUCGGCUCCCAUUUUAAACAUCCCGGUGUCCCAGUUCUUCUUCUCCGUUCUCAUCGGUCUUACACCCUACAAUUUCAUCUGCGUGCAGACGGGAGCCAUUCUCUCCCAAAUCACCUCUUUGGAUGCCAUUUUCUCCUGGGACACGCUGCUCAAACUGCUUGCCAUGGCCAUGGUCGCGUUGAUACCGGGGACCCUCAUCAAGAAAUACAGCACGAGGCACUUGAAGCUGGAGGAGGACAAGCAGCUGCUCAAUGGCAAAAAGAGUUUGUGAUGGCUCAGGUCCCCCAGAGGUUGGGGGACGGCCCCGCCGAAGCUGCGGGAUGCCUUCUGCAUGCUCUGUGCCACCAUGGACCAAGGACAAUUUGCAGUUUUUAAUCGUUCUUCUCGCCUAAGAGGAGGUGUAAGGUUUUUUAUUUUUAAUGAAUGUAUAACUGUGCGUGUGUCUGCGCGGGGAGCUCUCUACAGGGGCUCUGCCAACACCUGGAAGUGAACGUGCCCGUUUCCUUUGAAUCAG